AUGAAUAUUACAAUAAUAGUUGCUGGUGAAUCAGACAUAAAUGGACCAAGCUCUGACAAACUCAAUCAACCACAAGGUAUAUUUGUUGAUAAAACUACUAAUGCAUUGUAUGUAGCCGAUUUAUUAAUUAAAUCAUCACAUGCAAAAAUGACGAACAAAUGCAUUAUAAGACCAUAUGGUUUACGUGUUGAUGAAGAAACAAAAAUAGUCUAUGUAGUUGAUUUAAUGAUCAAUAGAAUUCAACGUUGGAAAUAUGGUGAAACUGACGGUGAUACUACCACUGGUGAUAAUGGUAUGUUUAUUAUCAUUUCAUUUAUAUUUUCUUAUCAAUGA